CAUUACCAUCGACAUAACCAUGUUAUGUUGGUGAUCAUUACUCUGAGGUAUUUGCCAAUUUGACGCCAUUUUGACAACUCACAGUCGUAGUUGUUUUGACUUUUGUGAUGGUAUCGUCAUUAUUUUCUUUUAUAAAGCAAAAACAAAUAAACCAUUAGAUAAUGAGCUACGGUGAAAAACACGAACUUGCAACAAAGGAAGACUGGUUACGAAUAUUGAAUGACGACAACCUCUGUCAAAGUGAUAUGAAUAAACUUAUCAUGAAUUAUCUAGUCACAGAAGGUUUUCAGGAGGCUGCAGAAAAAUUCCAGCAAGAAUCGGGCAUUGUCCCCUCUGUUGACUUGCGUUCCUUGGAUGACAGGACUCGCAUCAGAGAUGCCAUUAUGACUGGUAAAAUACAAGAAGCCACAGCCCUCAUCAACCAGUUACAUCCUGAGAUGCUGGAUAAUGAUAGACAUUUAUAUUUUCAUCUACAGCAACUCCAUCUAAUUGAACUUAUCAGGAAUAAUAGGAUAGAAGAAGCUCUUGCCUUUGCCCAAAGUCAUCUGAGUGAAGCUGGGGAAGACAACCCAUCUGUGUUAUCUGAACUGGAAAGAACAGUUGCUCUUUUGGCUUUUGAAGAACCUUUGACUUGUCCUUUCGGUGAUUUGCUUGCCCCAUCUCAUAGACAAAAGGUCGUUAGUGAAGUGAAUGCUGCUAUCCUCAAAAUGGAACACCAAGAAACUACAACGUCAAAAAUAUCUACCCUGCUGAAACUAAUUCUUUGGGCACAAGAAAAGCUGACCAAAAAAAACUAUAAAUAUCCAAAAAUGACGAAUCUUGCUACAGCAACUAUCGAAGAACCCAAAUGAAUAUAUUUUCAAUUAUUUAUUAAAGUGAUUGAAAUUAGGAGUUAAGAUUUUACUCAUUAGAAUUGGUAGUGUGGUUAGUUUAAAGACCUCAUUUAGGCAGAAAGUAAAUCGAAACUGUGAAUAUUUUAUACCUUUUAAUUAAUUAUAUAACAUGUUUUAAAUUUUGUUGGUCCAAAAAAUUUUAUUAUAGUGUAGUUUUCUAAAUUA